AUGGUUCUCAUCAAGCCGUUUGAAGUCGAGGAGUGGAUGGACCGCCUAGAAACGACACCAGGAGUGCUGAAUGUCGCGGAAACCUGCUGCGAGUCUGUCUCCAUCUCCGAAUUGGCCGCCCUCUCCACAGACGAAUCAGUCAAGCUACAAGACAUUACCAACCGACGCCUCACCUACGGGGCUAUUCCUGGUACUGAUGUCACUAGACAGCGCGUUGCAAACCUGUAUGGGGAUGUCAAGCUCGAUCAGGUAGUCUUGACUCAGGGAGCCAUCGGAGCCAAUUUCCUUCUGCUUUUCAGCCUCAUAGGACCCGGAGACCAUGUAAUCUGCGAAUAUCCUACUUACCAGCAACUCUAUGAGGUUCCCAAAAGCUUGGGAGCGGAGGUUUCGCUCUGGAAACUCAAGGAGGAGAAUCGCUUCGUCCCUGAUGUUUCAGAGCUGCAGGGUUUGGUCCGCAACAACACUAAGUUGAUAAUUCUCAACAACCCAAACAAUCCAACCGGCGCCACGAUAAACAAGGAAGUCUUGUCAGCCAUCGUGGCUUUCGCCAAAGAAAGAGAUAUCAUCAUCAUGGCAGACGAGGUGUAUCGGCCCCUAUUUCACAGCCUCCCAGCUGGCGAGGAGAUUCCCCCUUCCAUAAUUGACCUUGGCUACGACAAGACGGUCUCUACGUCCUCCAUGUCCAAAGCCUUUUCCCUCGCUGGGAUUCGGGUAGGCUGGAUUGCGACUCGCGAUCCCUCCAUUCUGAAAGCUGUCAAUAGUUGCCGAAACUACACCACCAUUAGCGUUUCGCAGUUUGACGACUCUGUUGCGGGGUAUGCGCUCUCUGAUGCAGUACGAGUCAAUCUCCUUCAGCGGAACAUUGCCCUGGCAAGGACCAACAUUGCACUUCUUGAAGCAUUCGUGAACAAGCAUUCUUCCGUGCUAUCGUGGGUCAAGCCAACCGCUGGAACUACUGCCAUGGUCCAAUUCAGGAAGAAUGGAAGCUUAGUCAAAGAUUCAGAAUUUUGCCUUGAGGUCCUCAACAAUACUGGGGUUUUGAUCAUGCCUGGUUGUACUUGUUUUGGUGAAGGAGAGGAUUUCCCAGGAUACAUGAGGUUUGGCUAUGUCUGCGACACUAAUGUCUUGAAGGAAGGGUUGAACAGGCUUGAUGUGUAUAUUGAGAAAGCUUUUUGA